CGAGAGUUAGAGAGUUGGAGAGAGGGACAGAACGAGAGAGAGAGAGAGAGAGAGAGAGCAGUGAUGAAGAGAUCAAGAGAGGAAAAGAGACAAAAGCUAGAAAUAAGAGGAUAGUAAAAACGUGCCGAGAUAUUUUCUAGAGUCACGUUAUUAUUGAAGGGAGAGAAGGCGAGCACGCGGGGGAGAGAGAGGAAGAGAGAGAGAGAGAGAGAGAGGGGGGGAGAGAGAGACAGAGAGAGAGGGCGCGAUAACAGCGUUUGUCCUUCUUGGACUCAGUUUUCUGACCGGCUGACGGGCUGAACGAGCAACGGACGAACAAACUUGAGACAUCACGCAGGGAUCCGACAUUACAAGGGACUGUGAAAUGUAAAUGGGAGAACUCUUGUGUGGCACGCGGCUCAUGUACACAAGUCCAAUCGGAGUGGGAUUCAAAGUGAAGGGUGUUCAGACCUCCUUGGGAAACUGAAUGAGACGCUUCGCAAGACGAGCGGGAAAAAAACAGCGGAGGGAGGCUUUGGUGAGAUAGAGGAAGACACAAGGAGAAAGGAGAGAGCGAGAGAGAGAGAGAGACGGAGUGACUGACACCUGCCCUCCAGGUCUGUGUGAAGGGCAAAGCAUGGGGGAGUGAGAGGAGGGGCGUGAAAAGAGGCGAAACGGGAAAGGAGAAUGAAGACAACUGGAAAACAAGGCCUGCCUCACAGCCAAGCUCGCUCAAAUUAGGACACCUCGCAGCAAGACAAGAUGAUUACAAGAAAUCUGCUCCUACUGGUUUCCCUUUGCCUGUGGGAGGGGCUUGUGGGAGGUGCCUUGGCCAGUAAGACCUUACGUAGGAGAGGAGUGGGCGGAUCACACGUAGUGAAGAUAGCGGACAGCAGAGCUACGGACCAAUGGGAUGCAAGCGUGGAUGCUAAUUCGAUGCCUGUGGUGACUCUUAGAAACUUGAUCAGUCACGAGCAGGCAGGUGACUCUGGAUCUUUUUCUUUUUCCAAAAUGUUGCAAAGUCAUGCUGCUCCACAAAUAGCCAGCAAGGAGAGGCAAGCUUUUAAACCCAAGCGUGAGGUUGACUCAGUCAGUAAAAAAGAAGGGACUCUACACAUAUUAGCCAACAACAGGGAGUUAAACCAGGAUGUGAAGAAAGUUAGGAACAACACCAAGAACUCUGAGACCUUUGCCAAAGCAGGAAGGUCAGAGAAAAUAUUUGCUAUCCAUCAUAAGCCGGAUGGACACAGCAAUAGAACCAGGUCUAAGUCAGGGUCCAGAUCCAGAAGUAGAAGUGAUAUGAGUGUCCAUACCACAGGGGUGCCAGGGAAAGGAUUCAGCGUGGACUCGAGCAGAAAGUUGAACCUCACUGGCAGUUAUGGUGUCCUGAAGCUGCUGUCGAAGGAGAACUUAGUCAGGAUUGUCAACUCCCAAAUGCAGAACGUCCCCGUUCUGAGCUUUCCGAGCAAGGGCAGUCGGAGCAGGAAGAGAGAUUUGAUUGACGUUAAUCACGGACAGUUAGAGGCUCAGAGAGUGCAGAGACAAGAUAUAGCUGUCACUCAGUUUCAAACUGGAUUUGAUAAUCAGACUGCAUAUCCGUAUGUAAGCCCUGUCCCCACUCCAGAUCUUAAUCAGGACCAGGGCGCCAACACUCAUAAUAAUCCUCUAAGUGCAGUCAAUCCAGCUUCAAGUAAAGGGCAGGGUUCUGAUAGUGGAGAUAAUAAGAGCAAACACCUCGCCCGCUUACUGUCAACACCUCGCAGCGAGGUCAGUCUCAGCCCCGAGAAAGAAAUAAUAGGCAACCAAACGGAGCCACCAUUUACAUCGACAAAACAUUUCCCACUGUUCGCUCCCUCUGAAACAAAUGAUUCUCCGCCGUCUGUGCUGACAAUGCAACCCCUGGGAGUAAGAGCGGAGAACAGAGCAGCAGAUUCCCAUAGAGACCCAUUAACAGAGUCAGCUCACUCUGCUCAAACAGAAGCCAGCACAGCUCAGUACCCUGCAGAUGAAGACAACAAACUUGUCAACAGCAGUCAUGUCCUGAGGCUUCAUCCGGCUCCCGAAUGGAGCCGCGAUGUAGAAGGCGCUGGGGUGCCAGCUGUCGAGCCAGAGAAUGGGAAAGGCCUCGUGUUUGAAGAAGCAGAGGAGUCGGAGGUGGACGAGGAGAUGGCUGACCGGAUGGAAAAGAAGGGGCCGCGCUCUCGCAGCAGGAGGAGCUGGAUCUGGAACCAGUUCUUUGUGAUUGAGGAGUACGCCGGGCCUGAACCUGUGCUCAUCGGACGGCUCCACACCGACAUGGACAGGAAUGAUGGACGCACUAAGUACGUCCUGCGAGGCGAAGGGGCGGGCUCGGUCUUUGUGAUCGACGAGAAGACGGGAAACAUCCACGUCACCAAGCCACUGGACCGUGAGGAGAAGGACGAGUACCGUCUCGUCGCCACGGCCACCGACAGGCAGACGGACCGGGCCCUGGAGCCCUCGUCACAGUUCAUAAUUCGGGUGCAGGACAUCAACGACAACCCGCCUAUCUUUGAUGAAGGCCCCUACAGCGCCACUGUGCCUGAGAUGGCAAAUAUAGGCACGUCCAUAAUCCAGGUGACAGCGACAGAUGCUGAUGACCCGACUUACGGGAACAGCGCCAAGCUCGUGUACACACUGGUGCAGGGCCAGCAGUACUUCUCAGUGGAUCCCCAGACAGGUAUUCUGCGUACAGCUGUGCCCGACAUGGACAGGGAGACCCAGGACCAGUACCUGGUGUUACUUCAGGCCAAAGACAUGGGGGGCCACUUGGGCGGAUUAUCCGGGACCACCACUGUCACUGUGAGGCUGUCUGAUGUCAACGACAAUCCACCACGCUUCACUCAGAGUAUGUGGUCCUUCUCUGUUUCUGAGCUGGCCAUCCCCGGGGCGGAGAUAGGCCGUAUCUCGGCAACUGAUGCCGAUCUCGGAGAGAACGCCAGGCUGGACUAUACCAUCCUGGAGGGGGAGACGGGGGACACGUUCAACAUCACAGGGGUGAACCAGGAGGCGGUCAUCACGCUCAACAAGCCGGUAGACUACGAGAGCCGGAGCUCCUACUCCUUCUCCGUGGAGGUCCUUAACCCCAUAGUGGAUCCUCGCUUCCUGCGUCGAGGCCCCUUUAAGGACCGGGCGUCCAUCAGAGUAGCAGUGCUGGAUGCAGACGAGCCUCCAAGGUUCUCACGAGCUCGAUACCACAUGGACGUGUCUGAAAACUGCCCGCCAGCCUGCACUGUGGGCAGGGUCAGCGCUGUGGACCCAGAUACUGGACUUACCAAUAACAUCAGGUUCUCUAUUGAUCCUCAGUCAGACCCAGAGGCUCUGUUUCGUAUCACUCCAGACACCGGCCUCAUCACCACUGCCUCGGAGUUGGACCGGGAGCGCGAGCAUUGGCAUAACAUUACUGUCAUCGCCACGCAGAGAGACAAUCCCAACCAGGUGUCCAGAGUUGUGGUUGCAAUAGAAACGUUAGACCUGAAUGAUAAUGCACCGGAGCUGGACAGGCAAUACACAACGGCCUUGUGUGACUCCUCAUCCAUCGGACAGGUGGUGCAGGUGUUGCGGGCAAUUGAUAGAGAUGAGGGAGGGAAUGACAGCACCGUGUAUUUCAGCAUCCCUCCGGAGUCCAGCGCUGCUCUCAACUUCAGCGUCAGGGACAGCGGUGGCCCCACAGCCAGCCUGGUCCUGCUGUCCCAGCUCCAGCCCCUGUCUCGCUCCGCGUACUCCACCCUGACGCUCUACGUUCCGCUGGUCCUGAGGGACGGGACAUCAGGCCUCAUCAGCAGCGGGACGGUCACGGUCUCCGUAUGUCCCUGCCUGAGAGGAGGGGCGCGAGCCGGGGAGAAAGAGAAGGACAAAGAGGCUGAGGGCGAGUGGGACUGGGAACGUGAGGCGGUGUGUCUCCCUCAGCAGUCCACGCUGCCUUCCCCUGGGCUCAGUACUGCCGCCCUGCUGGCUAUUCUGGCAUGUGUUGCUACACUAUUAGCGGUGAGUGCCCUGUCAUUGUCCCUGCGCCGUCAGAAGCGUGACUCCCUGUCGCCACUGGAGGAGGACGACGUACGCGAGAACAUCAUAACCUAUGAUGAUGAGGGUGGGGGCGAGGCCGACACUGCUGCCUUUGACAUUGCCGCACUCCAGAGUGCUCCACACAGCUCCCGCUCACGAGGCUAUCGCACACUGGACAGCAGGAAUAUACGUUACACCCAACGAAAUCAAGAAAAAGCUCGUACCUACAGCUGGGCUCAGAACCCAGGUGUCGACCACAACUAUUCAGGAGCAGGAGGUCCACUGUAUGGUCGCCUCUGUUACAGCAGCCACACAUUACCGGUUCUUCGGCGCACACCAGGUGGAACAUUUGAACCAGGCCUGGCAGAAAUAGGAUACCGCUUUCCUGCAGGCCAUCCAGACCACUCUCUGGUCAUCCAGAACCAGGGGGCCAUGGUGGGGCCAAUGGAAUCUGGGGCGGUGUAUAUAACCCCAACGGACCUCAGCACAGGAAGCCGAACAGGAAGUCGAGCGGGAAGCCGUGAUGGUACUGCACCCCAUAGUGGCACAUCAGAUGGAGGUACGCCAAGGACCAGUGACAGCCAGGACAGAGGAGGGGGUACAGGAACUGCCAGCAACUGUACAGAGGGAAGCAAUGAGGACAAAGGGAACCAUAGUCAAGAUGUGGACUGGUACCACACCCGUCCCCAGCCCCAAACUGAAACCACUCGUGCUCACCUACGUCCCCUCCAGGUGCAGUCGGAAACAUUACCCAGGGAGCACAACCUCGUCAUGACCCGGUCGGGCUCCCUGAUGGGCCCUGGUCACAGUAGCGGAGGCUGGGUUUGCGACUCAGCUACCCUCCCUUUGGCCGGACGCAGGGCCUCCCGCUCCGGCUUGUCCCCGAAACACACGGGCUCUGUGCAGGCCGAAUCUGACUCCGGUGGAGGAGGAGGCGCUGGUGGAGGGGGGAGUGGAAAUGGGGGCACCUCCACAGAUGGACAACCUGCCAGUAGACGCAACUACGCCACUGUCCAGCAUGGAGAGGUGUCUGGACACGGGGACUACCCAGGCAGCUUGGGGAGAGGAGGACUGGAGAUGGGGAGCAACUUUGUGGUGGCUAGGCCAGACAGGGAGGGCGGGGGGAUAUCAUCGGUCUACCCUGAAGCAGCUGGCUUUAUCGGGGACUGGCGUGAUCGGAUGGGUCUGGGUGGGUAUGUUUUGGGCAGGAGGGAUAUCAGCCCCCAGUUGUUUCCCUUCCAUGGGCAGCAUCAGGGGGCAUACGGAGGAGUGAUGGGCUUUGGGGCCAGCUGGGUCCCUGGGAUGGAAGCAGCAAGAGGAGCACACGGGCCCGGGGGUCCCUCUUUGGCACUGAGGGUGGGUGAGUUCCUCCGUCUGCGUCUCGCCCAGGUCACUUUUGACCCUUCGCAGCCGCCGUACGACUCUGUGCAGGUGUACGGCCUGGAGGGCACAGGGUCCCGGGCUGGAUCUCUCAGCUCCCUGGAGAGUGAAGGAGAAAAGGAUACGGAGAAGGAGGAGUGGGGGGCAGGGCUGGAGGAGUGGGGUCCACAAUUCCAGAAGUUAGCCCACCUUUUUAAAGAAAGAGAGAAAGAAAAGGAUGAGAAGGAAAACGUUGAAGACGGGGCCGUAAAAGGGAAGGAAAAGAAGAAAGAGAAGGAAAAGAAAGACACAAAAGAGGGAAGAGAGAGGGCUGCAGAUGAGGAAAAAGACUGAGGGAGGAUAAAAAUGAAACAAAUAGGGGCAAAAGGGGGCAAAAGAGGAAGGGGGAAAAUGGGAGGAUGAUGAAAAGGCAACCAGAGCUCGAAUAAUGCGAAGAGAAGUUAAAGGAGAGAAAGAUGAAGAGGCAAAGUAAUAAAAAGAGACAGAGAAAAAUGAGCCUGGGGAGGGUGGAGAAGGCGAGGGCAGGGGAGGGAGUGAUUGAUGUAAUUUAAAGCAAUAAGUGUUGAAACGCUGAUAUGGUUGAGCACAGAUACUGAGACAAUGCAGAGGCUGCUUCUGCUCGGGGCAGCAACAAUUUGUUAAAUGCUUUGGACAAAGAAAAACAACCCAAACAUCCAGGACUCGGUUUAAUUCAGCUCUCACGUAUGGAAUAAGAAACAGUGGGAAACAAGAAGAGAGACGUUUCAGGGCGUGUGUGUUUGGUCUGCUGCCUCCUGUGUCUGCACGUGUGUUUGUGUGCGAGAGAAGUGUGUGAUUGAAGUGCAUACACGCACAUGUAUGCAAGAGUGUAUGUGUGUGCACAUUGAACAAAGGCAGAGAAUGGAGAAAUA